AUGGCAUCGCCAGGCGAAAACACCUUGGACAAUAUCAAGAAAACUCUCGAGCCCUACGUUCGGCCGAGGGAAGAAGUGGCACGUAUAAGACAGAUAUUGGCUGCCCAUCUCGACACAUCCAUCCAAGGCGGCACACCCAUCGGGCCCCUGGCUCUUGUUGAUACCCAGCAAGUCGGGUCAUCCACGACGGCGCGCGGUCUACAAGAACAGUACCUUGCGGCUCUGCAGGAGAACAUCAAAGCGCGGAGCGAGUUUGACGUAGUAUGUCACACCAAAAAGCAACCAACAAAACCGAAACAAACGACAUCGACGAGCGGUAAUGAGCAAUAUGGAGACCGCCUACGGGAACACCUCGCAUCUAUCCGCCUUCGGCAAAGGCGUGACAAGCUGCAGGUCAUCGAGGGGAGUCUCAACUCGCUUGAGCAGAAACCAGCAGCAUCGCCCGGGCUCUUAGACCCAGACAAGAUCUUUAAAGACUCCCGGCCACUCCCAAGCAUUCCCAAGGAACUGAUGGCCGGGCUCGGGGCUGACAAAACAGUCAAUGGACCACAUAUCAAGGGCCUGAUCGACCAGCUCGAGCGGCACGUCUUGCAAGCGAAGCUCCUUCUCAAACGCGAGGAGCAACUGCUCGACAAGGUCAAGUCACAAUCCACCGUCCGGCCUGGGAACAUCAGCGAAAGCGCCAAGCUGUCAGCGCUGAAUAGGACAAGGACGGAACUCAUUAACUGGAUUGAAACCGAACUCGGUAAAGCCGCGGGAGACGACAACGAUGCCGAUAGCCAGGAGGCUCAAAAGCAUCGCGCCCGCGCGGGCGAAUCUCUCAAUAUGGAGGAACAACUAGCCAGCAUCAAGGAGAAGUAUGCGCAGUAUCUUGAGGCACGGAAAACGCUGCUCCAACUCAUCAACGAACAACCCCAGCCGGGCACCAAACCACCAACAAAAGACACCAAACCGCCAUUCUCCGCAACACCUUCCAAUCCACCACCACCCUCCGCGCACCUCCUGUCCCCCUAUCUCCAGCAGCUCCUCUCCCUCUCCCGCGAGCAAAAAGGUCUAAUUGCGCAGAAAUCCCACCUCAACAACACCAUCUUCAGACAACUCAAGGAAAACAACCAAAUCCUCGACCACCUAGCCGAGGAAAGCCACUUGAUCCCAGCCCAUCCCAUGCCAGGAGGCGGAAUAGGGCCCGGUGGAGACGGAGGAGGAGGAGGAGGAGUAGGAGGAGCAUCAUCACGAUCCAACGCCGCCGCAUUUGCCGAGGCCACAUCAGGCGGCAUCUCAGGCCCCUCCGACCGGGUGCGGCCGUGGGUGUUUGCGGCCGACUCGGCCAAGAUUGCGACGCUGGAGGCGGUGGCUGAGAAGAUUGAGGAAGGGCAGAUCGCGCUGGAGGGUUCGAUGCGUACGUUGGGGGAGAUCCAGGAGAUGCUGGGGCCGGCAUCGGUGGACGGACACAACGACGACGGCGACGGUAACGAUGGGAAAGCAGAGGGAGCGAACAGGGGGCGGAGUGGAACUACGACCGAGGAUGACCUUGACCUUUGGAUGCCUGGGGAUCAGACGCCGACACAGAGCGCUGGGGCGAGGAGACAUACUAUGCGUAAGGUGGACAAGCCGACGCAACCUAAGACAGCGUGGGAUAUGUUGGAUGGAAAUCUCGGGCUGCUUCGAGCUGAGAAGUGA